CCAUGUCUCUCCAUCGCUCUCCUAAGAAAGUAAAACCCAAAGCCAAACGGAACGAGUUCUCAAUUUCUCUCUCUUUUAGAUUUUCAAAACUUACCGCCGGUGGGUAUUCGCCGAGAAAUGAAGGUUCCGGUUACCCGAGCUGAUUCAAGUACUGGUGCGAUACAUUUAAAUUGUCAUGACGUCUUAUAGUAUUGUACUCUCGCGUAUCACGGGGAAUCUCUAACCAUUUUAUCUGAAGCAAAAGCGACUUUAACUUGGCAGAGUUUUGAAGUUAUUCCAUACUUGGUUUAGCAAUCAGAGGUGGGAAAGCCUUAUAUAACAUUUUAUAUACAUAUAUAUAUAUAUAUAAAUAUAAAUAUAUAUAAACACACAGAGACUUGAACGAGCCUUUGUCUGGUUUUUGAGCCUCGAAUUUUGCUCAACUGCGUCAUUUUUUGCAAAAUUGUGGAUCUCUGAGUCGAUUCUGUACGUAGCUCUGAUCGAUGAAGGUGAUGCAUAGUUUUCAAUGUCGGUUUUGGUAAAAGCGUAGGCUUUAUUGUGUGACUCUCAUAAUUUUUCCUUUUUGAGUUCCACUUGGUAUUUCUAUUUUUUUUUUCUUUUAUAAAAUUUUGGGUUUCGGUAUUUUGUUAGAGAGUGGUUUUAGUUCGUUCCUUCUUGGUUUCUGAAGUGUAAUACUCUGAGGAAAAAUCCAUAUUUAGGAGUUGGAUAAAAUAGAUAUAUCGGUCAAACUUUGACUUUCAAACUCAAAAAACCUGCUCAGUUUCUUUCUGGUCUGAAAAUGGAGUUCAGAAGAUAGAUUUUUCUAAGAUCCGAGGUACUGCCGAUCGAGAGAGAAAGAGCUUUCGUAGUGAUUUUGUUCAUGCCAUUCACGAUGAAGAUCCAGCCAAUCGAUUAUCACACUCAGGCUGAGGAGCCGACUCGGUUAAUCGAACCAGCUAAACCGGUGGUGAAGACGUCGCGGUUCAAGCGACUCUUUGAGCGGCAGUUCACGAGUGUCUUGAGACUUUCUGCGCCUGCGCCGUUGGUUGAGAAGGCCGGCAGCGGAGACGAACCGCAUUUCAUCAAAGAAGCGAACAACAACGGCUCCGGCGAGCUGCAGUUCGAGCCAAGCUCUGUGUGCUUAGCGAAGAUGGUUCAGAAUUUCAUUGAGGGAGGUGGUGGAAACGAAAAACAAUUUUCUGCGCCAAAGUGUGGCCGGAGUCGCUGCAACUGCUUCAACGGGAGCUGUAACGAUGGUUCCGAAGACGAUUUGGACUUGUUCAAUGGUAUCGGUCACGAUUCCAAUUUCUUCAAUUCUGGAGAGGGUUGUGAAGCUCUCAAGGGUUUGGUUCUUUGCUCGAGUGUCAGCGAAAGGAAUUUGUUAGCAGAUACUGCUAGAAUCGUUGAUCGGAACAAGAUCUGUAAGCGUAAAGACGAAAUUUGCAGAACGAUCGUUACUGAUGGAUUAUUGGCUCUCGGAUACGACGCUUCAAUCUGCAAAUCUCGUUGGGAAAAAUCCCCCUCCUAUCCCGCCGGAGAAUACGAAUACAUAGACGUUAUAAUCGACGGCGAACGAUUGAUAAUCGACGUUGAUUUCAGAUCAGAGUUUGAAAUCGCUCGACCAACCAAGACCUAUAAGACAAUUCUCCAAACCCUACCGUACAUAUUCAUCGGAAAAGCCGACCGGCUCCAGAGGAUUAUUCCGGUGGUGGCGGAGGCGGCGAAGCAGAGCUUAAAGAAGAAAGGAAUGCCUGUUCCGCCGUGGAGAAAGGCUGAUUACAUCAAAGCCAAGUGGCUGUCUUCUCACACACGAAACGCUCCUCCCUGCUGCGGCGGCGAGUCCGGUCCGAGUUAUCGAUGCUGUAACUCAGUGGAUAAGAAGACCGAGUCGGGUGAGGUGGACGAGGAAAAAUCGAAAGCUCUGAAGGAAUGGAUAGUGGUGCCGAGACAGCAUAUUGGUUUUGGGGUGAAGAAGAAGGUGACUGGUUUGGCUUCUGUCAUGGCCGAUGAGCCAUGAAAAUUUUGAUUUUUGAUCUUUUUUUUUUCUUUAACUGUGGAAGAAUCACGUUCGUAUAUGGCUCUGCCUAUGUGAUAGUACUGCUGUAACAUGUCGAUCCCCUUCUGUUUUUUUGUUGUAAGGGUCUAAUUUUACUUAAUAUCAACAAAUUAGCAUAGAAUAUUAUAUACAGUUUGAUAAUAAAGAGAAAAACAAUAAUAAUGAAAGUUACGUGUUUUGUAUA